AUGAAAGAAUCCUUAGUCGUCUCAAAAUUUGACCGUCUCGUCGAAUGCGGCCUCGUCCUUUAUGACGACAAACAACAGACCAUCGAGCACAUCGACGGCGACCUCAAAUUCCAAUUCAUCCUCACCGCUGCCCUCACUAAAAAGCCCACUCUAACCCCUGCCCAACCCCAACUCGAGACCAACAUCACCCAACGGCCCGAAAAGCAAGAAGGCAGCGACAUAAGCACGACCGGGUUCGAAAUCACCACAACAGAUACCCACAUCGUGAUCGCAAACAAGUUCAGCUUCUCGCGGCCCCACCUCAUGCUUCUAACACUUGACGAGCACAGACGACAGUACGAGCCGCUCGACGAGGCCGAUCUAGACGGUGUGUGGCGGAUCCUUAACGCCGCGGAAACGGACUACGUGGCGUUCUACAACUGCGGCCGGGAUGGUGGGUGUAGUCGGCUGCAUAAGCAUCUGCAGGUGAUGCCUCUGCCGGCAAAUAGUUUCGCGGCGUUUUUGGAUUCUCCCGAGGGGCAGGAGGCUGAGACUAAGGUUCCGUUUGAGUGGUUCUAUCGGCGUUUUGCAGGGGAGGUGGACUCAACGGUGUUGGUUGGGGUUUAUCAUGAUCUGCUGAGGGAGGCGACGAAGGUGGGUGGGGGUCGUGGGGAACAUGUGGCGAGUGCACCAUCUGGAGCGGCUUGUCCACAUAAUAUGAUACUUACCAAGAGGUGGAUGAUUGUGCUGCCCAGAAGACGAGGCGCGGUUAACAAGGAGGCCGGUGUGAAUUCGUUGGGCAUGCUGGGGGUGAUCGCCGUGGCUACGACGAAGGAGAUCGAUAAAUGGGUCAGCCUGGGGUUGACAGAGUCCCUGGCAGAAUUGGGAGUACCCAAGAAAAUAUAA